AUGUCGCGAAGGUCGACUCGUCUGUCAAUGCCGGGAGAUCACAAACCCCACAAACGCGUUGCAUCUACGUCUGAGCCUGGAUUUACCGCCGACACCAAGAAGCAAAGGACACAAAAAGCCACUCCCACAAAGAGCAAGUAUUUCUCUGAGCCCGGAGGCGAGUCCGAGCAAACAGAGGAAGAAAACCCUUCUGAUACGAACGAAUCUGCAUCCGACUUUGAAGACGAGAUUGACCAGUCCCAAGCGUCCGAGGUGGAUGAGGACGAUGCAUCCGACAGUGACGGUCCCCCUGUCUCCAAAGGACGAAGUGCUUCCAGCAAAGGUACACCAAAGGGCAGCGAGAUCUGGAGACCAGGAGUGAAAUCGGGUCUGGGUCCCGGCAAACAGCUCAUCAUCAAGAAGCCCAAGGCAAGACCGGCUGGAUCAACGCCAUACAAAGAUGAGACGAUCCAUCCAAAUACAUUGCUCUUCCUGGCAGACCUGAAGGUCAACAACAACCGAGAGUGGUUGAAGCUACACGACGCCGAGUUCCGCCAAGCGGAAAAGGACUGGCACAGCUUUGUCGAGAAGCUUACCGAGAGGCUCGUGGAGGAUGUAGACGACACCAUCCCGGAGCUUCCAGUAAAGGAUGUGGUAUUCCGUAUCUAUCGCGAUAUCCGCUUCUCCAGCGACCCAACGCCUUACAAGCCGUUCUUUUCAGCAUCAUGGUCUCGAGCCGGUAGGAAAGGCAGCUAUGCCCACUACUACAUCCAAGUAGCGCCGCCGAAUCAUGGGAAAUCGUUCAUCGGCGGAGGCCUGUGGCAUCCCGAUGCUGGACCGACGGCCGCCAUGCGCAACGACAUCGACCGUCAUCCAAAGAACCUAAAGGACAUUCUGAACAACAGCGAGCUGAGGACGGAGUUUCUUGGAGGGGCCAAAGACAGCAAGAAGGCUGUCCAGGCGUUUGUGCAAGAGAACGCCGGGAACGCGCUGAAGACGCGUCCCAAGGGUUAUAGCGCCGAGCAUCCAGACAUUGAGCUUCUGCGUCUGAAGAACUAUACCAUUGGAAAGAAGAUUUCAAACGAUGAGAUCCUUGGAGAUGCAGGAAUGGACCGUGUCGUCGGGCUAUUGAAAUGUUUGAAACCCUUUAUUACACAUUGCAACUCCGUGGUUCUGCCUGAUGAUGUUGACGAGAGAGACGAGGGCGAAAGCCAAGAGAGCGACGCGUCGGACAAUGCAGACUCACAGAGCUAA